CGGGUUAACAAUUACAAUAGUAAUAAUAGUCGAAACUUUUCAACACCCAUCGAUAACAAAUUGGGAAAAAUCGAAAGGUUUUCCAUACGUGUGCACUGCAUCUACCAUCUCCAAAAUCUGCCUUUUCGCUUGUCAUUCUUUUCCGGAGCAGACGUUCCAGCGACUUGAAAAUUUUCUUAUUUAAUUUUUGGAAAACUCUACCGAAGAAGGAUGACCAAGGGAACUACAAGCUUUGGCAAGCGCCACAACAAGACGCACACAAUCUGCCGUCGCUGCGGGGAUUCGUCGUAUCACCUCCAGAAGUCAAAGUGUUCCCAGUGCGGCUACCCAGCGGCCAAAACUCGCUCCUUCAGAUGGUCCCGAAAGGCGAAGGGCCGCAAGGCCCAGGGAACAGGAAGGAUGCGUUAUCUGAAGAACUUGCGCCGUCGUUUCCGCAAUGGAUUACGUGAAGGAGGUGCUUCGAUAAAGAAAUCCAACUAAAUCUAGAUCUAUCCCUAUCCCAAUAAAUACCCUAAUGAAGGCACAGACUCCGUAAA